AUGGCUUCACCGUCGUCUCUUGCCGGUGGAGAGAAGAAGCACUGGUGGCUCACCAAUAAAAAGAUAGUGGAGAGGUAUGUGAGGGAUGCGAAAAUGCUGAUUGCGACGGAGGAACAAAGAGAGACGGUGGCGGCAUUACGCCUACUUGAAGCGGCGUUGGCUAUUUCGUCGCGUAUGGAGGUGGCGUUGGAGCUCAAAGCAAGGUGUUUGCUUUCUCUGCGGCGGUUCAACGAUGUUGCUGAUAUGUUGCAGGAUUAUAUUCCUAGCCUUAAGAUGAGCUCUGAUGAGGAAUCGUUAACUGGGUCAUCGGAUAGUUCGUCAACUCAGUUGUCGAGAGAACGACUGAAACUUCUCUCCGGCAAUGGUGACUCACUGGGUCAAAAUGAACCAGCGUUUAAGUGCUUUUCUGUCUCGGAUUUGAAGAAGAAAGUUAUGACCGGACUCUGUAAAAACGUCGACAAAGAAGGCCAAUGGAGAUACUUGGUUUUGGGUCAAGCUUGUUGCCACCUAGGCUUAAUGGAAGACGCAAUGGUGCUGCUUCAGACCGGAAAACGCAUCGCCACAGCAGCGUUCCGCCGGGAAAGCAUUUGCUGGUCGGACGACAGUUUUUCCUUCAACAGAUCUCCACUCUCCGGCGAAGCAUCAAUCAAUCAUCUACAACCCUCAACGCCUCCAAAAACAGAGUCUGAGAGCAUUUCCCAGCUUCUCAGCCACAUCAAGCUCCUAAUCCGCCGUAAGACCGCCGCAAUGGCCGCCCUGGAUGCCGGGCUUUAUUCUGAAGCCAUUAGACAUUUUUCGAAAAUUGUCGAUGGCCGCUAUGGAGCCCCGCAGGGAUUCUUGGCCGAGUGCUUCGUGCACCGGGCCUCAGCAUAUCAAUCAGCAGGCAGAACAUCAGAGGCAAUUGCGGAUUGCAAUAGAACCUUAGCACUGAACCCUUCUUGCAUCCGGGCUCUUACUGUCAGAGCAGCCUUAUUUGAAACCAUAAGAUGUUUGCCUGAUAGUCUCCACGAUCUAGAGCAUUUGAAACUCUUGUACAACUCGAUUCUACGCGAUCAAAAAAUGCCCGGACCAGUAUGGAAGCGUCAGAACAUUCAGUACCGGGAAAUUCCAGGAAAACUCUGUUCAUUAGCUGCGAAAAUUCAGCAAUUGAAGCAAAGGGUUGCUGCUGGCGAAACUGGGAAUGUAGACUAUUAUGCUUUGAUUGGAUUAAGACGAGGUUGUUCAAGAUCAGAACUCGAAAGAGCGCAUUUGUUGUUGACACUUAGACACAAGCCUGAUAAAUCUUCCAGUUUCAUUGAUAGGUGUGAAUUUGCAGAUGAUAGGGAUAUAGAAUCAAUUAGGGAUCGAGCAAAAAUGUCUGCUUUGCUUUUGUAUAGAUUGAUUCAAAAGGGUUAUACUAGUGUAAUGGGGACGAUUUUGGAUGAUGAGGCGACUGAAAAGCAAAGAGAGAAGGCAACCACCGCGUUACAGGCUGCAAUGCAAGGUCAACAGGCUCAAGAACAAUCCUCCACCAGAAUCGAAUCCAUCUUAGAUGGUAAUCAUCGGACUGAGAACAAUGCAGCCAUUACAACCUCGACACCAUCGGUGUUUCAAGGAGUUUUCUGCAGGGACCUUUCUGUGGUGGGCACAUUGCUUUCUCAGGCGGGAUUUAAUCGACCAAUGCCAGUGAAAUACGAAGCAUUAAGCUGCUGA